AUGGAGGAAGAACAGUGUGCCUCUACUACGUUUCUUGAUUCCGUUCAAGAUAACGGCAAAAAUCCUAUAUCAACGAACACAACAGUGAUUGAUGAAAAUCCGGCGCUAAUAAACCCAGACGUGGCUGAUAAAUGUAAACAUUCGAUAAUGAUAAAUCCGACUGUAGAUGAUACGCAAUACCUUAUAGAUCCCUCACUUUUAUCACAGUCCCAUCAAAAACAACCUUUAGGACAAUCUUCAGAACAACUAGAAGAAUCGGCACAAUUGCAAAAAACAAUACAAAAAGAAAAAGGGCCAAAAGAAAUGGAACCACAAAAAGAACAUACAAGUGAAACACCGACGACUACUAAAAUAGUUCAACAAAAUCAACAAGGACAUUCCUAUGGUACCCGUUUUGCAAAUCAAAAACGCUCCACUCCAGGAAUAGAAGCUGUAGAAAUGGAAAAAUACAUUUGUCCUAAAUGUUCAGAAAAUCGUCCAUAUAUUGAUUUAUUAAAAGAUGAAUGCCCAUUACCUGAACCUCUUGGUAUUGAUCCGAAGGCUUCGAUGAUUGUGAAACACACUAAUGAUGAGUGUUCAAAUUCUACGCAGAAAAAUAAUUCAUAUUGUGGUGAUGAAGUAUGUUAUUUACAAAGUAAAAAUUUAGAUAGUAAAACAUUUAAAGGAGUUGAAUCACAGACACAAAAACCUGUAUCAUCACCUUUUGUUGUUACAAAAGAAUCAAAAAAAGUACCAAGUCAGGUACACUCAAAGUUCACUCUUUCUUCUUCCCCCCCUUCUUCUAAAACUACUACAAAUAAAGUUUUAAAUGCUUCUAUGAAAUCACAUUUAGUGACUAGUAGUAGUAAAUUACAGUCAACUAAUGUAAAUGGUGUGCAAAGUAUUGCUGGUGUUUCUGCUACUAAUAAUAAUAAUGGUAGCAGCAGUGGUGGUGCUAAGACUGCUAUUUCUAAAAAGUCUGGUCAAGGUUCAAUUAAAAAAUUACAAAUUCAAGCCAAAAAGCCAACAAAUUCUUUAUAUGAUUCCAAUUUAAGAGCUUUAUGUACUCUGAAAUUUAAAGAAAUAUUUGUUAAAAAAUAUAAAGACUUGGAUCAAAAAGAUGACUUACCAAAAUCUGAUGACACGAUUGAUCAACUUGGUGGAAGACUUGCACAAAAACUUGAAGAAGCUAUACAUGAUGCUUUUGCUACAAAAAAUGAUAAAGAACCAUUAGGUCAACCUUAUAAAUCAAAAUUUCGAAAUCUUCAUACAAGUUUAGGACAUCCAAAAAAUGAUCGAUUGUUGACAAAUGUUGUUAAGGGUGAUAUCCCAAUAGUGAAAUUGGUACAAAUGACCCCGGAAGAAUUGGCUAAUCCAGAACAAAAAUCAUUAAUGGUAAAAGUUCGUAGGGAAAGCAUGCAACAAUCUGUUUUAAAAGCUGAAGAUAUGGGACCUAGAAUUAAAAAAACUCAUAAAGGUGAAUACAUUAUUGUUGGAGACUUUUUAGAUUCAUCAAAAAAUGACAGCUCAUCAACAUCAUCACCACACCAAGAUAAAAAUACACCAACACUAAAAUCCACCAGUUCUAUUAGUAUUAGUCCAACUAGACCAAAAAUCAAUAUAGAAGAUUUAAUUCCCAAAAGAAAAACAAGCUUAGGCAGUGAUACUGUAUCACCUGCUACUGCUACUUCUAUCACUAUUUCUCCUACUAUCGCCAUUAAUAAUUUUGCUGCUUUUAAUAAUAAUGACUCAUCAAAAGAAGAUACAUCAAUUUUAAAGUCUACAGAAAAUAUGGAAACAAAGGCCGCUGUAAUUUAUGAUAAGGAAACUUCUCUUGCAAAUUCCAAUAAUGGUAAUAAUAAUAAAGAAAUAAAGGCAACAGACAAUUAUGUAAAUAUUAAAAAAAAAACAGUGCCAAUUGUAUCAAACACGAUUAUGAAUUUACCACAACAAGUGAUGGAUUCGCCUCCAUAUUCACCUGGAGCUUUAUCAUCUUCUGUAUCAUCAUCCUUUGGAAGUCCUUCUAAAACCCCACCAGGAGAACCACAAAACAAUGCUAUAACCGAACCAAUCACAGUUUGGAAAGGAAGAUUAUUGUAUGAUGGCGUGGCAAGGUUUUCGGGACAGGCAAGUCUUGUUGCAGCAAAGAAACUUGAUAAAGUUCGAAACUGGGAUGAAUAUCUCGCUGCUUCUAUUCGAGUUAAUGGACACGUGUCACGCGUUGAACAGGCUGAUACAUAUUUGAUUGAUUGCUGGUGUUCACCAUCAAAAGAUGUUGUUUUUAUUAAAUUUGAAGUAGAUGAUACUUUCUUUGAUAAACAACAAUUUGAUAGUAUGUUUAAUUAUCUACGCUACUCACCAAAAGAUAGGCAUAUUCGUUAUGGUCGUGUGGCGAAUACAUACACUACUGUUAGAGAACUGUACCUUAUACCAAUAGAACCUGAAGACAAAAUACCUGAUGUAGUAACAUUUUUGGAAUAUGAUGAGAUCUUGAUACCGCAAACUGAUGGUAAUAAACGUGACUCGAAAUUAUUGUUAGGCGCAAUAGUGAUAGUUGAAGCUGAAUCAGGUAAAUUAAAACGUCCACGUGAUGUGAGUGAUGCAAAUGCAAAUCAUAUCAGCAGUAAAGGUGGCAAUAGACUAGAUAAAAAAGAAAAAUCACAUCAUGAUGAACCUGUUAAAUCAAUUUCUGGAUCUAAUAAACAAAAUGAAAAACCUGAAACCGACACUGUCAUUAAAUCACAACAAAAUGCCACUCCACAAUCAUUACAGCCACCUAAUUCUCAACAAUCACAGCCUUCCUACACAAACAAUUUGCCAGUGAUUUCAACAUCUAAUGGAGAAUUUUCUGAAUUUUUUCAAACCUUGUUGGCAAAUUCAAAUAUACAAAACAUUGCACAACAUAACUUACCAACACAAAAUUU